UUGGCGUGCUCCCGUUUCCCGCGGGAUCGCGGCUCCCGUUCCUUCCUUCCCGGGCAUCGCUCCCGGUCCCGGAUCCGCCCAUGGACGCGUUCGUGGUCAAACUGCCCCGCGGGCCGGCGGGGGAUGGCGGCGGCAGCGGCGGGAAGAGGCCGCGGCUGGAGAAGCCCGGCCCGGAGCGGCCGCCGCCGCGGGAGAUCCGCGCCGAGGGGCUCAGCUGUGAUUACCGCAUCCUCUUCAGCAAGGCCGAGGCGGACGAGAUCUUCCAGGAGCUGGAGAAGGAGGUGGAGUAUUUCGAAGAUGAGAUGACAAAGCUGCAGGUGUUUGGCACGUGGCACAAGAUUCCCAGGAAGCAGGUGACCUAUGGAGACCCUGGCCUGUCCUACACUUACUCAGGGGUCACGUUCCACCCCAAGCCCUGGAUCCCGGUGCUGACCCGGAUCCGGGAGCGCGUCACCUCGGAGACGGGACACACCUUCAACUUCGUCCUCAUCAACAGCCCAGAGUUAAUUCCCAGGUACAAAGACGGCCUGGACCACAUCGGGGAGCACCGUGACGACGAGAAGGAGCUGGUUCCCCUCAGCCCCAUCGCCUCCGUGUCCUUCGGGGCCUGCCGCGAUUUCGUGUUCCGCCGCCGGGGCCGGGGCCGGGGAGGAGCCGCGGGCCCGGGGAGGAUCUGCCUGCAGCUGGCCCACGGCAGCCUGCUGCUCAUGAAACACCCCACCAACGAGCACUGGUACCACAGCCUGCCCCCACGCAGGAGGGUGCUGGCCCCCCGCGUCAACCUCACCUUCAGGAACGUCCUGCCCGUGUCCCACAGGGGAAAUGUUCAGCCACGGGGGCCUUUGGGCUCUGGAAAGUGAAUUUGGUUCCUGCUGGAACUGUGGAUGCACCUGCUCUGAAGUUUUAGUUUCUGCUGGAACCGUGGAGUCAUCUGUUCCUGCAGGUGGAUUCUGGAUUCACCUCCUGGUCCAUCACCUAAUGGACAAAAUGUGAUAAUUUUGCUGCUGAAGCCUGUGACCAUGAUCUCAAUGGGAAGGUUCUUCCCUCUGGGAAUUGUUGCUGUGGUCCUGCUGAUCCCUAUUUUUGCUGAUUUCUCUGUUUGAUCUUAAUCUAAGCAGAUCCUUGAUCUUUAUCUAAGCAGUUCCAUAGCUCUGAAAAGUGAGGUUUUAGUUCCUGCUGGAACUGUGGAUGCACCUGCUCUGAAGUUUUAGUUCCUGCUGGAACUGUGGAGUCAUCUGUUCCUGCAGGUGGAUUCUGGAUUCACCUCCUGGUCCAUCACCUAAUGGACAAAAUUUGAUAAUUUUGCUGCUGAAGCCUGUGACCAUGAUCUCAAUGGGAAGGUUCUUCUCUCUGGUCCUGCUGAUCCCUGUUUUUGCUGAUUUCUCUCCUUGUUUUGCUCAGGGAGAAGUUUGUUCUAAUCUGAUCUUUAACUAAGCAGUUCCAUAGCUCUGAAAAGUGAGGUUUUAGUUCCUGCUGGAACUGUGGAUUCAUCUGUUCCAGCAGGUGAAUUCUGGAUUCACCUCCUGGUCCAUCACCUAAUGGACAAAAUUUGAUAAUUUUGCUGCUGAAGCCUGUGACCAUGAUCUCAAUGGGAAGGUUCUUCCCUCUGGGAAUUGUUGCUGUGGUCCUGCUGAUCCCUAUUUUUGCUGAUUUGUCUCCUUGUUUGGCUCGGGGAGAAGUUUGUUCUCAGCUGGUCUAUCUAAGCACUGUUCCAAGAAGAUGAAAAUGCUCCAUGGCCUGGAGGCAGCAGUUUGUAAACACUGUGAGCCACAAGCUGAGAUUGUGUAAAGCUGAUAUUCUGCUGGUGGCACUUUCUGUCAAUGAGCUCUGGUUUGCUUGGGGUUUUUUAAAUUAAAAUAAAGCAAAAUGAGCCUGA